GUACAUGUCCGAACGCAUACUGGUGAACGGCCCUACGUCUGCAAAUAUUGUCCAAAAGCUUUUGCCAGCCAAGGUAAUUUGCAAAGUCAUGAACGAACACAUACCGGCGAAAGACCGUAUUCAUGUGAACACUGUGGAAGGUCAUUCAUCCAAAAGUCACAACUGAGUGCUCAUGAAGCAACACAUCAAUAUCAGCCUGGAAUAACUUUUUUAGCAGCACCUGAACCACCUCCCAAAAAAGCUAGCGAAUAUGUGUGUAAGUUCUGUGGUAAACGAUAUGCCUACGCUUCUUCCCUCUAUGUACACACCCGGCUGCACACUGGUGAAAGACCGUUCAGGUGUAGCUUUUGCGAUAAAGCUUUUACGAAUCAGGGUAAUAUGCAAGUUCAUCAGCGAGUACAUACUGGCGAAAAACCGUACAAGUGUUCGGCAUGCGAUAAAAGUUAUGCGCAAAAAGUUGGUUUAAAAAUUCAUUUGGAACAAUGUCAACUUUAUUUAAACAAUCAAAAUUCUGAAGAGAAAGGUUCAAACUCAUUGGAAUCGCUGUUACCAAAUAUGUUCAAUCUGACAGAAUCAAAACCGGCUGUUGGUCCGAUGCAGUUUCCUCCAUCUCCAUCGUCUAUAAAAGAUCUUCCAAGCCCGUCGUCGAUGGGAUUACGCAUACCUAUAUCCCCACAGUCGCUUAGCUUUGCAGCUGUUAAUUUAUCUAAUAAAAACUUUGCUGACGGAACAUCACCGGACGUGAAGCCACUGGAUAAACAGGGCUUAGUAGCGCAAAAUGGCUAUAUGGGUAUACCAGAUGCUGCAUCGAUGUCAGCAUUCCAUGGCGUAAAGCCGGACCCGUAUAGUAAAGCGUUCCACGACGCAUUUGAUGCUCAAUUUUCUGCACUAAAAAAUAUCCUGGAAAAUGGGAUAACCAAUAGUCUGGUAUCUCAACAAGUGCUUCUACAGAAUCAACAAGUGCAACAAUUGCAGCAACUGCUAUCUGUGAACUCAUCGGAACAGUGGUGCAAUUUGAUACCGCAAUCGGUACCCACUUCUCAACCACUUCCGGUGGUGAAUCCGUUACAGUCAGUACCAAAUACAAGUUCCGUUUUACACUCAGGGUUUGUCGCAUCAUCUGUGAAACAGGAACCACCAAUGCUUGUUUAA